AAGUCAAACACCUUAAACUUUUCGAUAUCUCCCUCACUUGGACAAUGCAUUGUGUCAAGAGAGCAAUUCUUCGAAAAGUUUGGCACCAUCAUGACGGUUCUCCCACUAGAAAACCGGCAAUUUAACAGAAUUAACAGAUUUCCCCGAAUUAAAAUAGUCCAGCUGACUAUAGCGAAGUAAAUGAAGUCACAAGACUCACUAAGCCACGAAGGAGGAGAUUGAUCCCGGUGACAGCCUCCACAAUGUCGACCUCGCGGCAGCGAUCUUCCCAUCUUCCAUCCAGGCUCGGCUGCCUAUUGGCGCACAGACCGUGGACGUUCAUCCUCGCCUCUGUCAUCCUGUCUUCGUGCCUCAUUUCGGGGGUCAUUCACUGGCGAGAGGAGGAAGGAGGAACCGUGAAAGCCUGGUUCGCCCCGGGGACUCCUAUCUAUCGAACUGAUCAGUGGAUCAAGAAAAACUUCCCGAACGGAGUUCGGUACGAAACAAUUAUCCUUUCCGGGCCCGAUGUACUCACUCCGGAGUACUUCAAAUAUAUGGGGACCCUGGACAAGGAAAUUCGAUCCUUGGUAUCCAAUGGAUAUGCCUGGGAGGACGUCUGUGCGAGGUACAAGAAUCUUGAAACAACGAAAGAAAAUGAAACGACGACGACACCUACAACAGAGAAAACAGCAAGGAUCAGUCAAGCCGAAGUUAAUCGAGAAGGCGAUUCUAAAGAACCCUUGCAGUACGACGAUUACAAUAACGGCUGGAAGGAGGAUUCGGACGCAUCGGAGGUCUUCGGAGGCGAGGAGGAAGAAAUAACUCUGUACGAUGGUAGUUGCAUCUAUUCCAGCACCCUUCAACUGUGGGCGGAAGAUUUCGACUUCAGCACUAUCACAACGGCGGAGAUCCAGGACAAAGUCACUCGAGCCCUCGACGACAACAACGAAAAGAAGUUCACAAUCGAGACGCACGAGCAGGAUUAUGGAAUUCAUAUCAUAAACAGGUCACGGAAUGACGUGAAGGGGAUGUUGUCUGGGGUGGAGAGAGACGAAAGCGGAAGAGUCGUGGGUGCAGCGGCCGUCAUGUUCGUCUACAUCCUCAAGGACCGGGCGAAUGCCACCAACAGAAAGGGUCAACCGGUCGAUCUGAUCGCAGAGCCGUGGGAGGAGAAAUUCCUCGAAUUGAUGUUCCAUAACGGCCUCCCCAAACCUCCAGGCUUGAAGAUUUAUGCCAAUGCAGAACGCAGCUUUCGAGACGGGAUCAGCGAAAUGAGGGACAAAAACAUGAUCUAUUUCGCUCUUGGUUUCGUUCUCAUCACCAUCUACGUGGCCAUCAACAUGGGGAAAUUCAAUCUCCUUGAACAAAGAGUCCAAUCACAAAAGACAGCAACAGAAAUGAGCAGUGAUUCUACUGGUACCAUGGAACCGGAAACGUCACUACUACCAAUAUUGAUAUCAUCCUUCACAACAGAGAAUCUUGAAACAACGAAAGAAAAUGAAACGACGACGACACCUACAACAGGGAAAACAGCAAGGAUCAGUCAAGCCGAAGUUAAUCGAGAAGGCGAUUCCAAAGAACUCUUGCAGCACAACGAUUACAAUAACGGCUGGAAGGAGGAUUCGGACGCAUCGGAGGUCUUCGGAGGCGAGGAGGAAGAAAUAACUCUGUACGAUGGUAGUUGCAUUUAUUCCAGCACCCUUCAACUGUGGGCGGAAGAUUUCGACUUCAGCACUAUCACAACGGCGGAGAUCCAGGACAAAGUUACUCGAGCCCUCGACGACAAGUCACGGAAUGACGUGAAGGGGAUGUUGUCUGAGGUGGAGAGAGACGAAAGCGGAAGAGUCGUGGGUGCAGUGGCCGUCAUGUUCGUCUACAUCCUCAAGGACCGGGCGAAUGCCACUAACAGAAAGGGUCUACCGGUCUACCUGGGCCUGGCCGUGGUGCUGUGCAUCGGGCUGACGAUCGUGAGUGCGGCUGGGUUGUGCCUCUCCAUUGGGUACAUCCCGACGGAGAUUCACAAUCUGAUGCCUUUCCUCAUCCUCGGGAUCGGCAUCGACGACUCGCUCGUCAUCAUCCAGGUGACUCAUUACGACCUCCAUGUGACCCGUUGCGACCUCCAUGUGACUCGUUACGACCUCCGUGCGUCUCUGAGUCUCGUCUCUCGCGAGUGCCUGGAGAACGUGGUGUCAAAAGAAAGGACUUUGAACCCGGAGGAACGUGUGGGAGAAGCGUUGAGGCAGGCUGGAGUCUCCAUCACCAUCACGUCCAUCACGGACGUCUUCGCCUUCGCCAUUGGAGCCACUACGACAGUACCCGUGCUCCGGAGCUUCUGCAUCUACACGACCGCCGGGAUUUUCAUAGUCUACGUCAUGACCUUGAUAUUCAUGGUACCGAUUCUGUCUCUGGACGAAAGGAGACGAGACAACGGGAGGGAAGGAUGCUUGUGUAUUCGCUUGCCAGCCGACUACAACAAGAACAGUUGCUCCCAAAAGCUCCUGCUCAAAGCUAUUUUCCACAAGAUCGUCGGGCCAUUGCUCGUCAAAACUCCAGUGAAGGUCGUUGUGGUGCUACUUACGAUGAGUCUCUUGGGUCUCAACUGUUGGGGAUUGUCUGGGUUGAAGAACGACUUCGACAGAACCUGGUUUUUGAAUCCGGGAUAUCAGAGAGACUUCGUGUCCGCUGUGCAGGAUCUCUUUCCAGAAAGCGGCUAUAGAGCUGACUUUUAUAUUGGGAAUACGGAUUACUUCAGGGAGAAAGAAGCACUGGAGGAGUUAUUCAAUAGACUGUCGGCUCUUCCGGGGAUUAAGAAUGGAUCUAUUGAAUUCUGGCACCACUCUUUCCUGGAGUAUCUCAAGGAAAAAAAAGGCAAGCCUAUCCGAAUAAAGAAAGUUUCUACAAAAGCGAUGAAAUUGAUCGUCACAAAACGUCCACCUCCCAUGUGGUCUUAGGACUAUCCGAAAACCAAAGCAACAUUCAAGCAGAAGCUUUCCAUCUUUCUGGUCUUCACCAAGAAGGGACGGAAAUUCAUAAGCGAUCUUAAAUACACCGGGAACCUCUUAACGGACUUCAACCUCACCGCUUCGAGAGGGAGGUACCAACACAUUCAUUUCAACACCGGGGAAGAAAAACGACAGGGACUCCGCGAGGUGGAAGAGGUUCUGCACGGAGUCCAAUUCAAGGGGAGAGAUCCAUUCAGAGGAGCUCUCACUUUAGAGUACCUCGUCAUCCGAUCGAACGAGGCAAGCGGUUUCCUCACUUAG